GGCGCUUCGGGAGGCGAUGACGUCACAGAGGCAGGCGGGCUCCUUCUCUUCGCUCCUGGAUGCCGCCUCUGACUCCGCUGAGCCUCGCCAGUCUUCUGGGGAAAGCAGAAGCGGCAGGAGCCAAGGAGGAGAGGAGGGAGCCAAGGCGCAGGCGCAGAAGGGGCGUCCAGGCUGGGGGCCCGCUCCGCUCUGGAAAAGGGGAUGCGCGGGGCUGGCUGCGGAGGGGGGCCGCUCGCAGCAACAGGAACAGCCGUCCUAGCAACAGCGUCCGUCCUCGCUGGUCAUUGGAGGGGCGCGCGGAGGGAUGCAUGAAGAAUGAAACACAUCCUUUGUCAACAUUUACUAGACUUGAAUAAAACUCCAAAUCAAUAAAGACUCAGGAAGAAGUAGAAGGGGAUCCCCUUUCACCGCCUUGAUGCUAAGGGACUUUAUCUUGCCAAUAAUGGAAGUGGACGGCUGGGAAUGGCUGGUGGCACCAGUGCAUCAGCUGGUAUCCUGGGGUGCAUCGGCAGCGAUGGUGUUUGGAGGUGUGGUGCCGUACAUCCCACAGUACCGGGAUAUUAAAAGGACCCAGAAUGCGGAGGGCUUUUCAACCUAUGUGUGUUUAGUAUUAUUAGUUGCAAACAUUUUAAGGAUACUCUUUUGGUUUGGGAGGCACUUUGAGUCUCCGCUGCUGUUGCAGAGCAUUAUAAUGAUAAUUACAAUGUUAUUGAUGCUGAAACUGUGCACUGAAGUACGGGUGACAAAUGAGCUGAACAUAAAACGGCGCUCCUUUUCAGCUGCAGAUAGUAAAGAUGAAGAAUUCAAAACACCUCCCAAGAGAUCCUUUCUGGAUUUUGACUUGAACUACUUCUGGCACUGGAACAAGUUUACAGAUUAUGUGCAGUGUGUCUUGGCUUUCACUGGAGUAACAGGAUACAUCACUUACCUUUCUCUUGACUCAGUGGUCUUUGUUGAAACUCUUGGCUUCCUUGCUGUAUUCACUGAAGCCAUGCUGGGUGUCCCACAGCUCUAUCGAAACUACCAGAAUAGGUCGACUGAAGGAAUGAGUGUGAAGAUGGUGCUGAUGUGGACCAGUGGUGACACUUUCAAGACGGUGUACUUCCUCCUCAAUCAGGCUCCCUUCCAGUUCUCCAUCUGCGGACUUCUUCAGGUCUUUGUGGAUAUGGCCAUCCUGUUGCAGGUUUAUUUCUACAGCUGCUACCCACAGAAGCCAGUUUCACACACAACACACCCAGCCAGUACAAAGGCACUUUAAAGCACACAGUAGAAGCAACUACUAAGCAACUAAGUCGAAAUGUUUGGAGCCAGGCUUGCGACUUCACUUCUUUUAACUACGAUUAUUCUGGAAAUAGCAGCAUCAGACAUGGAAACCUGCAAGGGUAUCAUAGCUGGAAUUGCUUUUAAUGAUUUAUUUAGCUUGAGUUGCGUACUUAUUUACAUGGAUUUUCAUCUUUAGGACUUUCUCACCCCCUUCUGCCCUGUCUGCAGAUAGAACCGAAUUUUAUUUACUUCACUUUGUAUUUGUGCACGUGUAUGUAUCACAAGGGCUGGAUGUUGCUGUUUCCAAUGCGUUUUUUAAAAAAGCUCAGUCACAAGAACCAGAGUAUUUUGUCUGAAGCUUUAACCUAUUUAUAUAAAAUAUGUAUAUGAGUAGUAGUUUUGGAGUGUCUAUUAUAUUUCUGAUAUGACUGAUGAAGGCAAUGCAUUCGCCGUAAGGGAGAAUGCGAAAUCAUUUUUAAGUAUGAUUGAUCUUGGGUGGCGGAGGCUGAAGCCUGGGAAGAAAAGGGGUAGUGUAAAGAAAUGUAUUUUAUUCAGUCUAACUGUGUUAUUAACGUAUAUACCUGCACACUGCUGGACCAGUGUGAUCAAUGAAUAUAUAUCAGAGAGAGGACUGUUUAUAGUAUGGGUGAUGCUCCGGACAAUGGUAAAAUACAAAUCAGAAAUUAAUAUCUGGUAACUGGUAUUUAGACAGAUGGAGAGGAAGGAAGAAGUCUAAUAAUAUGUCGUAGCAGUUUUGUUUAAUGAGCUCAACUCAUUAGAGAGCUGAGGGGAAAAGUGUAAGAGGCUGAAAAAUCCUGUAGAGUCAUUGCUGAAAGAACCACUGAUGGAUUUAUAGCAACAGUGAUGUGAAAAUGGCAAAGCCAGAAAGCAUAUAACUUGGGACACAUCGACACUCUUUGUGCCAGUAUACCUCUUGGCUGGAAAACCCAACAAAGUUGAUUAGCCAUGUCUUCCAAUAGUAGGCUCAUUGAAGAUUCUUGAGUGCUCUAACUAAUGGGACUUUCAGUACAACUGCAUGUUCAACUAAAGGAUACUAUGUGGGUUGGUAUUUUUCAAAGAAUGAAACAGUACAUUAAGGUAGGAGUAGACCCAUUAUGUGGUAGAAGAGCAGUAGCCUAGGGAUGCAUGCAUUACAGAUCUAUCUGGAGGAAAGUUGGAAGUAUGAACUUGGUUCUAAGUAUUAUUUAAUGCCAAAUCAAACCAUUUUGUGUUAUGGGUAAAGUUUUUGUAGUAGCCAAAUAUUGGAGAGGAAGAGAAGCACAACUGUAAACCUAUUGAAGUACCACAGCUUGCUUAACUAAAGUAAGAACGUAUUGUUGAAGGCUUUCAUGGCCAGAAUCGCUGGGUUGUUGUAGGUUUUUUGAGCUGUAUGACCAUGUUCUAGAAGCAUUCUCUUCUGACAUUUCGCCUGCAUUUAUGGCAGGCAUCCUCAGAGGUUGCCUCACAACCUCUGAGGAUGCCUGCUAUAAAUGCAGGCAAAACAUCAGGAGAGAAUGCUUCUGGAACAUGGUCAUACAGCCUGAAAAACCUACAACAACCUAAAGUAAGAUCCAUAGGCAAACUGAUGUGAUCGUCAAAGAAUGAAAAAGCUGCUGGUGAUCUGUAUUAUUUCCAUGCAGUGUCGAUGAGAGAUAAGGAGAAUCUUUAUGUAAUUUUUUGACAGUUUCAGAUUUAUGUAAUACUUUCCUGAGAACUUGAUCUAGACUUAAAUGCAAGCACAGUGCAGCUUGAACUGCUCCAUUUUUCAAGCUCCUUGCCUUUUGACAGUUGCUUUGACCCCCAAGGAGGUGAACACACAAUCAUGCUGGGGUUCAGGAACUGUUCCGUUCCCUUAAAAGAAAUCUAUGGUGUUCAGAAACUUGGGUUCUUCAUUGUUUAACGUAUUUUUCCAGAUAAAUCCUGCAUGGGGAUGACAUUUCAGGUCAUCAGCAGACACUCUGUGAAAUUGUUGCUCUCUUUCCCAAAAAUGUUCCAAAGAAUAAAUUACUUUGUGUGCCUGAGAAUUUGAUCCUCAGAACUUGCUUUCGAUUGGGCAUUUUAUGUGCUUGAUGCAUUUGGCUGUGCCAAAUGUGCUUUGUCCUUAAGAGACAACAAGAUUUCAUUGUAGUGAGAGAAUGAGACCUUGUCAAGGAUUUUCGUUUAAUUUUUAUGAAACUGUCUCUUGCCUUCCAUGCUCAUACAUUCGGCUUUCCAAAUUCUUCAUCUGUUAAGUAUAGAGAAACCUCAAAACUGGCCGGGCUUCCUCUUCUACAAGUAAAACCUUUCUGCAUCUGGCAGCUUAAAAGUGCAGGAAAAUGGCCAAUCCAGGUAAAGAGGUUGGGUCCUUCCACUCUACAGAAGCCUGUAAUAGAUUUCUUCCUCGCAAUUAUAUAAAACCUCAGGAAAGCUGCUUUCAAUAAAAGCUUGGUGUGAAGCACUAUAUAGAGUUGACCUUAGACUUUAGCUAUUGAUUGGCUCCCAUGCUUAUUCAACUUGUGCCUGAAGUGACCUUACCAAACUGAUUUUAUGUGGCAUGGCAUCAUAUGAAUGUUUAAUUGCUCUCCUUUUCAUAAAUGUUCUGGCUAUGUUUGAACAUCUGGGCAUUUGUCUUUUAAAUUAUGAAUUUCCAUCAUCCUUAUAUUUCCCUGGUAUGAUGCUGCAAUUAGGAUUGUACUUCUGUUUGUAUGACAGGGUUUCUUAUAAUAACGUGCUAUGCUGGACUUUAUUUUUGUACUGGGCACUCUCCCAACCACCCCCUUCUUUGAAGAGGUCCGGGAUUAAGCUCGGGUGCAUUAGCUUAGCCUGUGCAGAUCCCCAAUGUCUCGUUGCACAGCAAGUCUCACUGAAGGUGAAAUUACUACUAUUUUUCUUCUUCUCGAAUGCUGUGUACAAGUUUCCUUCUAAUGGCAAUAUCCCCCCAAAGCAGUCAUGAUGCUUGGGCUGCAAAAACAUCAGAAAAUUCAGUAGAUUUGUGUUUAAAAGCAUGAGUGAACUUUCCUGAAUUAGACAUUACAAGACAUUUUGGUGAAAGAUAAGGUUUUUUUUUUAAAAGAUUUCCACUAUAUAUCAUAUUAGUUGAUAUCAGUGGGAUUACUGCUACCGACUAUAUCGAAGGGGAGAGUAAUUGUUGGGGUGUUUUCCUGCUGCUUGCCAGCACAGUGCUUUGUUAUGUCAAAACAUCCUGGGAUGUCUGCCCACAUGGAUGCGCCAUCUUAAAAUUUCUCCCAGUCACAGGGGAACUAUUCACAUAUAAGCAACUCCCACACACCUGGGAAAACCUCUAUGAAGAGCAUCUCAGUGGUCAGAGAACCAUAUCCAUUAACACUGUAGUUCUCAACCUGUGGGUCCCCAGAUGUUCGGCCUCCAACUCUCAGAAAGCCUAACAGUUGGUAAAUUGGCUGGGAUUUCUGGGAGUUGUAGGCCAAAAGACCUGGGGAUCCACAGGUUGAGAACCACUGCUUUAACACAUCUCAAAACGUUUUCCACAGGGGAAAAAACCUUGAAAUGCUUAUCACACCAGUUUGGUUGUAAGUAAAUUUUAAAUGCAUCUCUUGAAUGUAUGGAACACUCGUUUUGACUAUCAGUUACAGUUUUUAAAAAAUAAAUAAACCGAUUAUGCACACA